AACACUGGCGUGGUUCACUUAUCACACAGCACGUUGGGAGGCGGACGCGGCCUUCCGUGUGCUCGUACCGUGCCAAACAUGACUGAAAGUGAUUCAAAUUCAAGCAUAAAAAGAAAAUACAACGAUCUCUCCUUAGAUUUAAACUUAGACCAAGUGACAGCUGAUGAAGCCUGGGCGAAUUACGAGAAUAUCAAAUUGAAAUACACCUUGGAGGGUGAACAGUUGACAUGGCUUGCAUGUGCUUUAUAUGCUGCAUGCCGGCGACGGUCCGUGCCCACUGUGGGAGGUCGUCCAGGCAACAUGAUCCAAGGGAACUGUGUCUCCCUCACUCGCAUGCUGCAGCACUGCAACCUACCUUUGACAGAAUUUAUCAAGAAGAUGAAAUCCUGGCUUGCAAUGUCUCAUUUUGAUGAAGGAUUCUGUCGAAGAGUUGAUCUUUUGGAGAGAAACUUUGCAGUCUCCAAUAAUAUUUUCAAGAAGUAUAAACCUAUAUUUUUAGAUUUAUUUAAAAAUCCAUUGAAUGACCAGCCUCGGCCUCCAAGAUCUCGUAAGCAAAGGAGACCCCCGUGCAAUUCAACAGAACUUUUCCACUUCUGUUGGACACUUUACAUUUUGAUUAAAGGCAAAUAUCCAAGUAUCCCACAGGAUCUUGUGAGUUGUUAUUCCUUGUUGUUGGCAUCUAUUGAUCUCAUAUACAGAAAUGUUGUGCUCUCCAACCGCAAAGAUCUCAUCAAUCCAGAGUGUGAAGGUAUUUCAGCUGAAUUCUUGAAUAGUGAGUCAAGUGGGAAUGAACUUUCAUCAUGGCCAGUGUCCAUCAUGGAUUAUUUGUGUGAGAAGUUUGAUGGGGUGCUGGUUGAGACCAAAGUGGUGAGAGAGUACUACUGGAACAAACACAUCAGGGAUCUCAUUGACAAAAAAGUACUGAAAGGAGGGGGUGAAGGCACUGGCCUCUUAGAACAAGCCAACUUUGACCACAAUGUGAAAGAGGUGAAGAAUGCCUAUGAAGAAUACUUGCUAAGUUAUGGUGAAUUUGACGAGAGAAUGUUCUUAAAUGAAGACGAAGUGGUGACAGGUUCCAUUGGGGCAUCUCCUCCCUCCACCAAGGCAACACACUUGGACUCUCCCGUUGACACAUCUUCCAUGAGACAAGCCAGAAGAAAUUUAGUUCAGUCAUUUGAUGGUGACCUGCAUCUUGUGCCGCUGACUCCCAUCACCGGACGCCGAUAUACAAUCAACCGGCCAAAUAUAGGCACAACACCCCUCACAGUGGUCACUUCUGGCUUGCAGAAGCUUUAUGCACUUCUUGCUGGCAGGAAAAACAGUGCAAGUGAUGAAUUACAGGAGAUGUUUAAAACUUGUAAAGAAAAUCCGGAAGAGAAGCUUGCAGCCUUGGUUACAGAGAUGAGUGAAGCAUUUUGUCGCUUGUACACACAGUCCACUGAAGACUACAAUGGGCCUAGUAUGGACUUUGCCAAGAUGAGGUUGCAGAUGGGACAGAUUCUCUACUACACCUUUUUAGAACAUAUAUUGAUGGAUGAGAAGAGAAGAGGGGUUGACUUGACGCUGAUUCUGCAAGAAGAGUUGUUCCAUAAAACUCUGUUCACCUGCUGUGUUGAAAUAGUGCUAAGGUCAUACAAUGACCCAAGACGUUUUCCUUGGUCAUUGCAAUUUGCUCAAGUUGAACCAUAUUAUUUCAUUCGGAUCAUUGAGCCAGUCAUCCGAUCUGAAAAGCAGUCAGACAACCAGCUCUCCAGGGAGUUAGUAAAGCAUCUUAAAGGAAUUGAAGAACAAAUCCUGGACUCUCUUGCAUGGAAAAGAGAUUCUUCCUUAUGGCAAAUACUACAGAAUAGUAACAUGGAUAUCCCAUCAUGUCAAGAUGUUAACUUCUCUGAUCAGCUUGAGACUGAGAUGAACUCAACCACUCCAGUUGGCCUUGCCACAACUCCCAUGUCCCCAGCUACAAAACUAGUCAAUGACAAGGCCACUCCAAUCAAUCUUCAACUGUCACCAUUAUCCACAAUCUCAGAAAGAUUUCAGUCUCCAGUCAGUCAGUCAUCAGCAAGAAGGACACUUUUCCCACCAUCCACAUCAACUGCUUCGUCAAAUCCUGUCCCAACACUUGCAGUGUCACGGUCUUCAUCACUCAAUAACAGAGGCACUACUGGAACCUCUGUUAUCACAACUUGUGCUCCCUCCACAAUCCAGAAACCGCCCAAUCUCAUAACUAUUCAGGGAGCAGCAGGCUCUGCAGACAGCAGUGCAGAAAAUACCUCAGAGAAAGCAGCUGACCCACCCAGCACAGACAAGAAGAAAGACAGACCAAAGAGACAUGGUUCCCUAGCCCUGUUUUGUCGAAAGUUUUACACGUUGGCCAACAUGAGAUUAGGAGAGCUCUGUGAUAGACUUGAUGUUAAUGAAAAAGAGCUAAGGAAAAAAAUUUGGACAUGUUUCGAGCACUCCAUUAUCCAUUACACAGAACUGAUGCAAGAUAGACACAUGGACCAGAUGAUCAUGUGUGCUAUAUACAUAACAUGCAAAGUCACUGGAAAUGAUAGAAUAUUCCAAGAAAUAAUGAAACACUACAGAAGCCAGCCUCAAGCAGCCUCACAUGUCUACCGCAGUGUCUUGAUAUCAAGAUCCAGUGCUCCAAAUGUUGCCAUGAAAGUGGAAGGUUGUAGAGGGAAACAGGAAGGAAGUGCCCCUCCAGCAACACCAAGUCAGAUGGACUGGAACAUCAACCAGCUUUGACCAAGAGGAAAGAGGUGAUCUCAUAUUAUUCUACAAUCAAGUAUAUGUACAAAAGAUGAAAGCUUUUGCUUUGAAGUUCAGAGCAGCUCAAGAGGGUGAUCUUCCUCCAUUAUCACCAUUGCCAGUUGUACGACACACACCUGUGUCACCACGGCGAAGAAUCUCUUCCAAUCACUCUGUUUACAUCAACAAUCUCAGUCCAGUGAAAGGCAACACAGCAAUGUCACCUCGAAAACCACUGCCAUAUUACUUUAAUCGUAGUCCAGCUAAGGACCUGAGAGUUAUAAAUAAUAUGCUGAAAACCAAAGGAGUGGGAGCUAAGCGCUUGUUGGCUGAGACAGACUUUGGUGGACUAGACAUAAAGCGUCCCCUGAUGAGUGGCAUGUGUAGACGCAUCCAGGGAGUUUUGGGAGACCGCCUUUCAGGCACACCAACUCCUGACCUCCAACAAGAUUCAGACAGUGCUCCAGAGGCAUCAACACUACCACAGAAUGGUCAUGCAGCAGAACCUUCCAGUGAGGACUAUUCCAAUACAGAUCAGGCAUAGUCAUUAUGGGGUCCAUACUAAAAAUUCCAAUAAGAAUCAUGGCUUAAAUUAGUGCUUAUUUGAAAGCUUUACUUUUGUAAAGUUUCUCAUUUCCAAGAAACUUAAUCAUAAAAUUGAUUCUGUACAUAGUGUGUUAUGUAAUUAUAUCAGUCAUUUCUUUCUUUUAAUCUGCAGUCAGAUUUCACAUUGCAAUACUUUGUGUCAACCUGACACGUUUUUCUGUUAACAACAGACAAAACAAGGGUGACACAAGGCUGUCAAGCAAUGCAUGAUAAGCUUGUAGAAUAUCUGAUUCUUGGUAAUAUUGUUCAAGAGAGUUCACUGGUGAUAAAACUGACUUACUGUAUGUCUUGGCUUAUAAGGUUACUGAUUAUGUAAGACCCACAAAUUUUCAAGGUAAAGAUUUUAAGCUCAGUUAUAUUAGAUGGUAUUUGUAAUGGUGCACUUGUUCAAGAGAAAUUGUGCAGGGGAAGCUUAUAAGAUCAGAUAGACAAACCAGGCUAUACAGUGAGAUGAACCAAGCUCCUCACAGUUGUUCAUGUAUGGUUUCUCAGAGAAAGGAGUCAUUAUCCUCAUUUCUCACGUAUCAGUAAGAUCAACAAAACAUAACAUCUCUUACAUAAUCACAUAAAGAAGAGGGCAACCAACCGGUAUAUACGAGGUGCUUGAUUCAUCUGAAUUGGGACAUGACAGGCACCAGAAGGUAAAUCUUUUUAUUGAGAGAUUUCAUUUAUAUGCAUUCACACAUAUUGCUGACAUAUCCACAAGGAGGUACCUGUGACAAAGCUCAUGUGAGCAAGUGAGGUAACAUGUGAAAUCCUAAACCGUUACAGCUUCAUAUAUGAAAUCCUUCAAUAACUAUUUGCCUUCAGGCUUCCUGGCAUGCAACAUUUCAGGAAAAGGUGACUUGAUCAUGUAAAAACUGAUGGGUUGUUCUCUGUUACCCUGUUUAUUUAGUGUUUUGCUGAUUCUACAGAUAAGUGAGUUAUGGUAUAUAUGUGAUAACUCCUGAGAGUUUUAUAUUGGGCAUAGAGUCAUCAUAUAAGCCGAGAUAUGUGGUAUUUACAUGAGGAAAUUUUUAUAAAUAUAUAAUGAAUCUUAUAUAACAUAGCAAAUGUUUAUCAUUGUAAUUAAGAUAUUUUUAUUCAUAACUAUACAAUUUGAACCAUUUUAUUUUAAAUUUAUAGGACAAUUCUGAAAUAAUUGUUUCAACUAUGAAAGUAAAUUAUUCUGUUAUGUCAUAACAAAGUCUUUCAAGCCACUUGAAUGGGUCAGUCUUGAGAUAUAAUUAAGAAGUGAGCACUGGAAUCAUCAGAGGUGCUAACUUGUAAAACAUUAGAUAACAGUACUGGCAAUGAUGCUUGAGCCCUCACCAUUAUUUUGUUUAUGAAUGCAGAAGAGUUUGAGACUGAUCAGAAGGAAGGAAGUACAAGAGUGAGUGAGGGAGGGGAAAGCAGGAAAAGGUGCAGGUUUGGAUCAGUGCAUAAUGUUUGAAAAGUAGCAGAGAAAUUAUGAGUGGUUAGUAAGAUUGUAAAGUGUGUGUUUCAAGAGCAUCAUAAUGAUUGACAGUGCAAGUGCAUGUACUUUUCCUUCACAUAAAGGUAAGGGUGAUAAGUGAGUGUACUAGUUUUAAGGGUAUAUCCAGUGGUGUUGGUGAAGUGUUGAUAUAGAGGAUUAGGAAGGGUACUGAGGGUGAUCAUUGACUUAUAGGAUCAGGUGUUUGCUGUAGGACAGAUAUGUGUCUAGUGUUUGGUUUAAGGCAAGGAUGUGUUUUGAGUGACCAUGAAUUUUAAGCAUAUGAUAUGGUAGGCUGUUUUUUGUAGGUAGGUAGGUAGCAUAUUUUUAAAAUGAGUUUUUAAUGUGAAUAGUUGAACAAAUAGGAAGAAAUGUGUGAAUGGUAUCCUGUUCAAGCAGGGUUGCAUUAGGGAUGUGCAAUGUUGCCUUGAUUAUUUAAUUUCUGUGUGGAUGAUGUAAGAGAGGUGAAUGUGAGGACUAUAGAUAGAAAUCUGCAUCUAGUAAAUGCUGGUAGAGAAUGGAAUCUGAAUCAGAUACUCAAAAGCUGAUACUGCACUGAUGAGUGAAACUAUAGGUAGUUGUUGACAUGACCACUUUGAUUAAUUUUUCAUACAGCAGGCAUUAUGAAAUUUUGUAAGAGAAAGAAGGUUUAAAUUCAAUUCUGUUGAAGUGCAAUAAUACAAGAUUCCUCACUCACAAGCACCUCCCAAACAGCCUGCUAACCUCCUCAGUCUCACACUAACCACAGUCCCCUGCAUACCAGUCAUUAACUUCCACUUAAUCAUCUCCACUUCUAACACUUGCAGUGUCUACGAGGAAGAGUAUCACUUUUGUCGAUAAAUCAAAGACUGAUACAAAGGUAUUUAAAGUCUAGCUGAGAUAGGAUAAUAGAAAAAAUACAUAUACAAUAAAAUUCAAUCAUAUUUUCCUUCAUCUAAGCAUAAUUAGGUCUUUUGUCAAUGACUACCUUUACUUGUAUGGAAGUGUGGAAAAGGAAAUUAAAUAAAUACCCAGGUGUAAAGUAAGGAAGUGUAUGAAGAUGGUAAGACGAUGAGUAGUUUUUAACAAAUUCCUUGAGAUGGCAGUGAAUGCUAUCAAAUUUAGGAUUGCAUGUUAAAAUUACUGAAGCAGAAGGUGUAAGAAGGAAUAGAGUGUUUAAAAUUAAAUUGCUGGAAAUUAAUGUAGAGAGAACAUUGAGGGAGUAGAUUCUAACUAUUGUCUGAAGCUAAAACAUGGAACAUGUAAGUAGCAGAGACAAUUUAUUAUAAUAGAGAAACAUGUGUAAAAUAACAUGUGGAUUGAGUGUGGAAUGAGAAAGUACAAAAGGGAAUUAGUGUUGGAAAGCAGUUACCAGAGUGUUAUAAUGAUUUGAACUUGUAGAGACAAAGGAAGAAGAAUGACUGGUGAAAAUGAUAACCUGAUUUGAUGUGAGAAAUGUGAUGCUGAGGAUAACUGAUUUGAUGUGAGAAAUGUGAGGCUGGGGAUGGAUUGGAUAAAGAGCAUAAGGAGGAAUGUUUGCACAUGAAAAUGAUAAAUGAAGAGCAGGUGAGCUUACAUAAAUGAAGAUGUGGCCUUGAUUGUGUUUUCUUGUAUCUGGUUUGUCCAGCUAAUCAAAGAUUAAAGUAAAUAAAACAAUGUCCCAAGCCAGGCAGCAAAGACCACACAAGUUUACUAAUGCUACAAGAGUGCUACCUUUACCGACACACUACUAUGGCUGGUUAAUUAGUUUAGAUGUGAAAGAGACGGGUCUAUUAUGAUGCAGUUGGGGAUAACUAGCACAGCUGUCAUGUCCUGCAACAGCAAUUACUAGAUAUGCUAUGCAACUGACCCACAUGAAGAUGGGUUCUCUUUCUAGAGGGCGUAAAAGCUAAAAUGUGAGGAAAUACUUGUAUGUCUACUUCCUCUUUAAAGAGGAUGAGAGUUUGGUAUAUAGAUGGAUAUAUCAAUAUAAUGUUAAACUAUUUACAAACAUGAUCUCAAGUUCCUAGCAGUUUUACAGUAGUAUUGGACUUGCUAAGUAGAUAAAAUUAACUUCUUACACUUAAUGUUAUAUAUUUAUCACUAAACACAGCCCACAUUUUCAUAAUUUUAUUUAGCAUGUUAUAAUUAGUAUUUAACAAAGUAACAUUAUAAAGAAUUUUCAUGACAAGACUUGAUAUGACUAAAGCAAAAAAAAAAAAAAAUGAAAAAGAAAAGAAAUUACAGUAAUAUGUAUAACAAUUGUUGCUCAUGUUCAUGGCAUUCCUUCCAACUCCCUCCUGACUCACAUACUCCAUGUGGGCAAGGACUUAAGUCAUCCAAAUUUGCCAAUCUGAUGCUUUCAGAAGUUAAGAAAAUUGUGGCUUGCUAGCUUAGUGCAGAUAAGGUUUCAUGGGAUGAAGCAAGUCCAUUCUCAUCAAUAUUAUAAACACACUGAAUUUCAUUUUUCCUCAAGCUAACCAGUUAUUCCCUUUUAUAGAUGCAAUCAAAUUUUUCCAGUUAAAUAGAUAUUCCUUUUAUCGUUCCAUUUCUUUGGGUUAUCUUCAUCUUCAAACUAGUGUAAAUAGUGCACAAAGUAAAAUUUGAAAAGAUUAAGUUAAUAUUGCAAAGAGAAUGUUGCCUUUGUACAGCUGCCAUUCCUUCAUAGCAUUAGCAAAGGAAAUAAUCUUUUGUUGGUGAAUUCACUGAAACUAUAGUAAAGUGCUAUUUAAAAAUAUAGUGUAUAUAGGUUUUCUAACUAUCUUCUUUACACAGUAGUUUUGGCAAAUUGGUCAUCAAAGUAUUUCCUUCAUUAAUUUUUCAGCCAAAUUGCCAUCAAAAGGCAACACUCCCUUUGUAAUAACAGCACAAGAGACAUACUGGCCUUGUAUGUUUGACAUGAUUGUAUAUUGAAUUUGACUAAGCUUAAUCAAUUAUAAAUUUAUAUAAAUGAAGAGGGCUCAGGAUUAUUUUUGUUUUACAAAGUAUUUUGAACAUUUAGGUAUGUCAAAGCAUGAUUUUGGUAAACCUUUAUUUAUACAUAACAUCUGUAAUAUCAUUUCUGUUCAGUAUGAUGUGUUCAUGAAUGUCAUUACUUUGAUGGUAAAACAACUUAUACCUGAAAGAAUUUAUAAUUACUUUGAUGGUAUUAGAGCAAAUCACUGACAAAUAUUCCAGCACAAAACUUUAGUUAGUAACAUUCCUUGUGUUUGUGAUGAGGGAAGUUAUUGACAGAAGUUACACAUAAAAUUUAUGCUGUACGCAAAAUAAUGUGGACUCCUGAAUCAGUGUCCACUAUCUUGCUCAAUUCGCCAACCUUCAAGGCAAAUGCAGCAUCCUCAAAUGGUUUUUGCAUUGCACCACGACCAAACAAUCCAAGAUCUCCUCCACGUUUAGCUGAGCUGCAGUCAGACACCUGAGGGAAAUGAAAAAUGGAUUUUUCAUUACAACCUCCUAUAACCUGAAAUGCAGGUUGAUGUGCAUACAACUAUUUUUCAAAUGGAACAAAUUUGAGAGAAAUAUUUCUAAGAAGCAGAAAUUCACUUACCCUACUAGCUAAUUCAGCAAAUGAGGACUGUCCAGAUGUGAUUUCUGCACGGUAUUCUGCGAAUAAAAAAAAUUGUUUUCUAGUAA